UUCGACCAAAGAAGAUUUUACUCAGCAGCAGCAGCAGUACCCAUGGUAGCUCUCGUGAUACACCAAAAACUUUCUCAAGAAGUCGGCUGAUGCUUACCUCGUCAUCCUCGACGCAACGAGGAAAGGAUGAAGCGGGUACAGGAAGCUCGUGAAGAAAGAGAGCGUAAGGCUAUAGAAGCAAAGAAACAACAAGACAGAGAUAGAAAGAACAGAGAGGAGCGACUAAGAGAACAGCAGCAGCAGCACAGAAAGCAGCAACUUCUUGCUAAGAGACGUGCAGAAGAGGCUAGAGUUAAGAAGAUUAAAGAACAGGAAGAAGAACGAAGGAAACAGGAAGAGGAGUCAAGGAAAUUAAAGGAAGAAGAAAAGCAAAAUGAGGAGGAAAAACUAUUAUAUCUGGCAGAGCAACGCCGUCGUCAAGAGGAAGAAAGGAAACGAAAAAUUGCUGAGGUAGAACGCAUCGCCCGUGAGAAAAAGGAGUUAGAAUACCUUAAAUUGCUUGAAGCACAGCGCAUUGCUGAGUUACAACAAGCUAAAUUGACAAGCUCAGCAGUUAAAAAGAUUGCACUAGCUGAUAACAAGGAAACUGGACUAAAUCAUACAUUCACUUUAAGUGAUAACAAGGAAAAUGGUCUUAAUACCACAUUUUCCAAAACUACUGGACCGUCUCAGUCAAGUUCUACUGGGAAAAACAAAGAUAGUUAUGACAUUACACCAAACUCCAAGAAAUAUAAGAAAAAUAUUAAUAAUUAUGAUAUAAAUGAUAUUGAGAGUGAUGACUCAACUGAUGAGGACAGUGCUCCUAAGAGGAAAAUUCCUCCCUGGGCUAUGAGUAAGUUUAAAAUUUGGAUAUUAAUUUUUUUCUAUUGUUUGGGAUUUUAUGAAUAGAAUAUGUAAUGGUUACAUACUUAUAGAUUGUUGUAUCAGACACAUUGCAGUAGUUAUAUUGUACAACCUCCCUCGGUAUUUUUGUUCCAUAGUAAGGCAGGUUGAAAGUGCAAACAAUGGCAAUUAAAGUUU